AUGGGCGUUCAAUCCAAGGAGGCCAUUCCGCCAUGGGGACUGGCAAUCGCUGGUGCGACUGGCGCUCUUUUCGCCAACGCUCUUGUAUACCCGCUGGACAUUGUCAAGACGCGUCUGCAAGUUCAAGUAAAGAGAAAGCCCGAAGAUGUAUCGACUACCACAAAUGACCGACACUACGAAGGCACCCUGCAUGCAAUCAACUGUAUCAUCGAGGACGAAGGCUUAGCAGGUCUCUACUCGGGUAUGUUCGGUUCGCUUCUUGGAGUCGCAAGCACGAAUUUCGCCUACUUCUACUGGUACUCGACUGUCAGAACCUUGUACUUGUCACGAGUCACUAUCUCAGGACCUCCUUCGACCGCCAUUGAGCUCAGCUUAGGUGCAGUCGCCGGAGCACUCGCACAGCUCUUCACCAUCCCGAUUGCAGUCGUCACGACGAGACAACAGACACAACCAAAGGGAGACAAGAAGGGCAUGUUGGCAACAGCGAAAGAGGUCAUCGACAGCGAGGACGGUUGGACAGGGUUGUGGAGAGGCAUGAAGGCGAGCUUGGUCCUUGUUGUGAACCCAGCCAUCACAUACGGUGCAUACCAAAGACUCAAGGACAUUCUCUACCCUGGAAAAACAAGCCUCCGAGCACACGAGGCCUUCUUACUCGGCGCAAUGUCCAAAGCCCUAGCAACCAUUGCUACCCAGCCACUCAUCGUUGCAAAGGUUGGUUUGCAAUCUAGACCACCACCGGCUAGAAUGGGCAAGCCUUUCGGUUCUUUCCUCGAAGUUAUGAAGUACAUCAUUGAGCACGAAGGCCCUAUGGGCCUCUUCAAGGGCAUCGGUCCUCAGAUUCUGAAAGGCUUGUUGGUGCAAGGACUUCUGAUGAUGACAAAAGAAAGAAUGGAACUCAUGUUCGUUCUUCUGUUCAGAUAUGUACGCAAGCUCCGGGCAGAGAAGCUGCACAAGGUUGCAGAAUUCGCAGCCGAGAAGGCGAAGAAAGCCGCCCCUGUCGUAAUGAAGUAG